AUGUCGUACAUUCUUCCAUCUAUCUGUCUCCUCAUUAUUGCUCUAACUCAUAUGAUCUCUGCCAUUACCCUUGAGGAGGGUAUGGCUAAUAAGGACAAGUAUAUUUUCUAUGACACCUCCAGUUUUAAUGCUGGGAUACAUGCUGGAUUGGCCCUCUUAAUUACAUUUGGCAUUUUGGGAACUUUUACGUCCACCGUAAUGGCCAUCACAAAAGCCUUAGAGAAGCGAAGAAAGCGCCAUACUCUUACUACGUCCCAUUAA